AUGAAAUUGUUUUAUAAUGAUAAAGCUACUAAACUUUCAUCUCUAACACGAAUAUUUCAUAAAUUAUAUCAUACUAUAGGUCCAUUCAAUGUAUGGUUGAUUGGACUUUGUAUAUUAUGUUUAAUAUGUAUUACGUUAUUCUCAUUAAUCGAAUCUUGGACAAUAUUCUUCUAUCUUACAUUAGCACCUUAUCUGAUCAUAUUGACUUGGUCACUUCCAUUGACUCGUAUUGGCAGUUGGAAAGCAUUUACAUCUAUUAUUCAUCGUUUAUGUGGUAUUCUUUCUCUUUUAUUACCUAUGGGAUUGAUAAUAUAUAAUUCAUGGACGAAUGAACAUCCUCCAAGAUAUCUUUACUUUAUAGCUAUAUUAAGUGUUACUUUCAAUUGUAUAUUUGGUGCACUUCUUAUUCCUCAAAGAAUUCCAAGUUUUGAUAUACCAACAAUACGAGCAUUUGGUGUUGGUGUUACUCUUGGAUUAUCAUUUGUUGGAUGGUCAUUAGUAUGGUAUUUUGGUGCUCAAUCAUGGUUUGCUCCUUUUGGAUAUGUAUGUGCAAUCUAUAGUUUUAUUACAUGUCUUUUUGCUUGGAAUGAUUCUAUACAACAUAUUUAUACUAAUAUGACAAAUCCAUUUCCAUUCAAAUCUGUUCAUCCAAAAUUACAAGAAGUUACAGUAACACCUUCAUCAGCAGCUGUUGUUUUUACUGUUACAUUAACUGCUAUAUUUUCAUUGACAACAUUAUUGCAAUGGCAUUAUCUUUAUUGUGGAUCAAAUGGAAUGAUACUUCGUCAUGAAUUAUUUCCAUCUUAUACGAAAUAUUCAGCAUAUUUAGCUUUACUUGCUGCUGUUGCAAAUAAUUUUGGUACAUUUGCUGGAACUUUAGUUGUUCAACAGAAAGUAUCUUCAUUUUGGGGAGCUUUUUUUAAUGCUAUUGGACUUUUAAUACCUGUUGUUGGAAUAUUAAGCUUUCAAUUACGUGUACCACAUGAAAAUACUUUGUAUUCAAUUUUAUUAAAUAAAUGUUCUACUUAA